CUACAGUCAGUCAGUCGGUCAGUAUGCUUGGGGGCGCAUGGCUAAGGACAACUGAUCCCACGCCCCGCCCUCACCACCAUCACCACCACCACCACCACCAGACAGACAGUAUACUCACCACCACCACCACACAGACAGGACUCACCAGCACCACCAGACGGACAUAGGACACCACCACCACCACCACCACCACAAGACGGACACAGCACUCACCACCGCCGCCACCACCUUCAUCACCUCUUCCCUGCGUGCCUCUUGUAUAUGCGUCGCCCAGAGCAUUGGUGAGCCGCCAGGAUGAGCGGCACCAGCAAAUUCGACGACCUGCUGACGCAUCUGGGCACCGGGCGAUGGAAUAUGCUCUACUUCCUCACCACUUCCUACUGGUGUCUGCUGGUGCCGCCGCAGUUCAUCAGUGGAGUGUACCUCGCGCCCUUCGUCAACUACACCUGCGUGCCCCCAGACAGCCUCAACGGGAGCGUGGUCGAGGUGGACGACGACUCCUGCAGCUACGUGCGUGUGGUGGAAGGCGGGACGGAGGUGGAGGAGGCGUGCACCGACUGGGACUUCGACACUUCAGUCUUCACCAGCACGCUUACGUCGGAGUUCUCGCUGGUGUGUGAGCGGAGCCACCUGCGCGCCACCUACCAGAGCGUCUUCAUGUUGGGCACCGUCCUCAGUCCUCUGCUGAGUGGCUACCUCGCUGACAGGUACGGGCGCAAGGUGGUGGUGGUGGUGACCCAGGUCCUCAUCAUCGUCAUCUCCAUCACCAUCAUCUUCUUUACCAACUUUUUCGCCAUCCUUGUCAUGCGCUUCUUCCUCGGUGCCAGCAACCUCCUCACCUCCUACAUCCUCGCCCUGGAGGUGUGUGAGCCCAAGCAUCGGGGCACUGUGGGCAUCCUGACGGGCCUGCCGUGGGCGCUGGGCACCAUGAUGUGGGGCGGCGCCGCCUAUCUCAUCCGGGACUGGCGGUGGCUGCAGCUCGCCGUCUCCCUCCCUAACCUCCUCAUCCUGCCCGCCCUUUACCUGAUUGACGAGUCGCCGCGUUGGCUCAUCGUGCGGGGCCUGCAUGACCGCGCGAUACAGGUGCUCCGCAAGGCCGCGCGAUGGAACCGAGUCUCGCUUCCGCCCGAGGACGAUCUGCGCGCCCUCAUGAAGGACAUCCAGGAGGAGUCCUCAACACAGAAAAUCGCCAGCAGUAAGGUCGGUACUGAGGGGGCCAAGGGGCGGUGGCGGCGGUGGUGCCGACCUUCCCUGCCCAGCCUGUUGAAAACCCGGCCCAUCCAGCUCAUCACCCUUGUCGUCUGCUUCGACUACUUCUCCGUUAGUCUCGUGUUCGACGGCCUCAACAUGAGCGGCGAUGCCUACAGCGCCGACCCCUUCCUCUAUCUCGUGCUGAGCGGCCUGGUGGAGGUGCCCGGCUACUCCCUCACGGCGCCCAUCAUCGACCGCUGGGGCAGGAAGUUUCCCACGGCGAUCAGCUACUUCCUCUGUGGCGCGGUCAUCACAGUCCUCGCCUUCAUCCCGCCCGAGUAUCCGGGGGUCGUGAUGGCGUUGGCUCUAGCGGGCAAACUCUGGAACAGCGGCGCCUUCCAGAUCAUCUACGUCUACUCCUCCGAGCUCUUCCCGACGGAGGUGCGGCUGCAAGGGAUCGGGGCCGCCAGUGUCUCCGCGCAGCUCGCCUCCACCUUUCUGCCUUUCAUCACGACGAUCCUGGGCCCGCUCGUUCCCUGGGCCCCUUCACUUAUCUUCGGCGUGGUGUCUGUGGUCGCUGGGGUGCUGACGAUGCUGUUGAGGGAGACGAAGGGCGUGGCGCUGCCGGAUACCAUCGCUGACCUCUCAAAGACCACCACCAAUGACGCUACCACUGACACUACCACUGAUACUACCACCACUGCUGCCUUCACUCCCAUAUGUGACAAGUCUGGGGAGCCACUACUGAAGCAGCCUCCCGCCACGGACGUCACGCAGACACCCACGCAUCUGAACGGCGGAGGCGGCGGCGUCAGCGUGGAGGACGGUUUGCCGCCCACAGACAGCUACUCGCCCGCCCUGACCUAACGGAGGGCUCUUCACGCUUGCUUCAGACUAUUCCUAUUCAGCAAUGACCCACGACCCCUAUUCUCAAACGCUUUCGGCUCUCACAACAACUGUUUUCCAAGGCCACAAAGGAGAUUAGUCGGGUUCUCAUGAGCGGUCUUAUUUUCUCUUUCACAUUCGUGGUGUAGAAGCCUUGUCAAACUAUCACUACCCUCAUAAAACUACUCAUGGAAAUACCCACAACCUCUAUGAAAGCCGUAUCAACUGUGGGUGUUUGAGCCCUGAAGUGUUGGAGAAUCGUGUAAAAGCCUUGUCAAACUAUCGCUAGGCUCGUAAAACUACUCAUGGAAAUACCCACAACCUCUGUGAAAGCCGUAUCAACUGUGGAUGUGUGAGCCCUGAAGUGUUGGAGAAUAUGGACCUAGUAAACUUUCAUCAGCCUUGGUCUCAUGCACGCCCCACUUCGCAACCUUUGUAAGAGUACUACAUUCUAUAGGUCUCGUCCUUGACUGACCACCACCAGCAGCGCCUUCAGGAGAACCUAAUACUGGCGCUGCACGUAGGAAAGCAUAUCAUGAGAAGGCAGCAAAGAAAGGAACAGCUGUGGGCGUCUGUUUGGGCACGGAGAGACGCAUCUUCGUUUUCUGGUUGAAGUGUUACUGUUUACAAGACACCAGAUGGACGGAAGCACACGAGAGUAAGGAAACGGCAACUAUGAGAGACAGAGAGGAAUGUUGAUAUAGCUUCGGUAGUGACAGUCGUAGGCGAAGAGAAGUGGGGUGGGGUGGGAGGCUUGACGGGGACGAUAGGGCAAUAUGCAUGGUGUUAAGAGUAAGUGAAGACGAAGAGGCAAAGGAAAGAACAAUUGUAAAACUAUCGAAAGUGUUCCUAGUGAGGUGUUGGAAGGAAAGGACCACAGAUGCGAGAAUGAACCAAAGAAAAGGAUGGGACAUAAGUGAUCCGAGGAUGAAAGUUAGUAAAUAGUGAUGAAAGUUGCAGUAAUAUAGUAAAUUCUAACGGGAAAAGAUAAUAGGUAAUGCAGUUGAAAAGCAAAUUGUGUGAAUAAACAGAAGAGAGGAUUAGAAGGAGGAGGAGGAGGACUUACGAAGAGAUAGAAAGUGGAUAAGAAGAAUAAGAAUAAGAAGCAGAUGAAGAAGAAGAAGAAGAAGAAGAAGAAGAAGAAGAAGAAGAAGAAGAAGAAGAAGAAGAAGAUAAACUAACGAGAUAUGUGUUGAGAGAAAGGGAGAGAAUGAAAAGAAAGAAAGGGAAAGGAAAAGAAAGGAAAGAAAAGGAAAGGAAAAGUGUGUGUGUGUGUUUGUGUGUGUGUGUUGGCUAAGGUUAUGUCUGAUCACCGAACACUGUAUUCCCUCAGGACUCUUGCAACACUCAAAGAAAAACUGUUUAUCGGGUAGCUGCGGAGUGUUGCAGUGUGUCGUGUGGAGCACCAAAGAACAACCAAGCUGUUAAUUUUGUGUAAAUAAUAAAAAAAGACUAAAAUUCUCCCCCUUUUCACACUUGCUAAGACUUUUGAUGCGGAGUCGAGGAAACUUACAUUCCACGACCCGCCUUAAGUCCAUCAUCAUUAUUAUUAGUUGCAGUAAUAGUAGACUUAGACAGAUAGACAGACUUACUAGUGAAAGAAGACACGGCCUCUCACAUCAAUCAUAUCCAAAGGUCAAAAAUGAGAUCACUCGGGUUUUCAUGAAUGUCUCUUUAGGGUCAUGGUACGGAAGAAGGGUCAAACUACCACCACCAGGGUCAUAAAGCCACAACGCCUACGAAAACCUUGUCAAAAAUGUAUGCUUGGGCGUCGUAGGGUUAUUUCCAGACCAAUGACUUGAAAAACCUACACAAAGAGAUGACGUACCUGUUCUAAGGACGCUUCAUUGUUACGGGCGAUUUGUA